AUGUUAGCUGAAGACAUUAACAAAGAAAACAGAGGUGACUGGAUUCCACCCCGCGAGAGUAACCCUAAUGACUGGAUUCCACCACGCCAGAGUAACCCUAGUGACUGGAUUCUACCACGCCAGAGUAACCCUAGUGACUGGAUUCCAACCCGCCAGAGUAUUCCUAGUGACUGGAUUCCACCACGCCAGAGUAACCCUAGUGACUGGAUUCUACCACGCCAGAGUAACCCUAGUGACUGGAUUCCACCCCGCCAGAGUAACCCUAAUGACUGGAUUCUACCCCGCCAGAGUAACCCUAGUGACUGGAUUCUACCACGCCAGAGUAACCCUAGUGACUGGAUUUCAACCCGCCAGAGUAUUCCUAGUGACUGGAUUCCACCACGCCAGAGUAACCCUAGUGACUGGAUUCUACCACGCCAGAGUAACCCUAGUGACUGGAUUCCAACCCGCCAGAGUAUUCCUAGUGACUGGAUUCCACCACGCCAGAGUAACCCUAGUGACUGGAUUCUACCACGCCAGAGUAACCCUAGUGACUGGAUUCCAACCCGCCAGAGUAACCCUAGUGACUGGAUUCUACCCCGCCAGAGUAACCCUAGUGACUGGAUUCUACCCCGCCAGAGUAACCCUAGUGACUGGAUUCCACCACGCCAGAGUAACCCUAGUGACUGGAUUCUACCACGCCAGAGUAACCCUAGUGACUGGAUUCCACCCCGCCAGAGUAACCCUAGUGACUGGAUUCUACCCCGCCAGAGUAACCCUAGUGACUGGAUUCUACCCCGCCAGAGUAACCCUAGUGACUGGAUUCCACCACGCCAGAGUAACCCUAGUGACUGGAUUCUACCACGCCAGAGUAACCCUAGUGACUGGAUUCCACCCCGCCAGAGUAACCCUAGUGACUGGAUUCUACCCCGCCAGAGUAACCCUAGUGACUGGAUUCUACCCCGCCAGAGUAACCCUAGUGACUGGAUUCCACCACGCCAGAGUAACCCUAGUGACUGGAUUCUACCCCGCCAGAGUAACCCUAGUGACUGGAUUCCAACCCGCCAGAGUAACCCUAGUGACUGGAUUCCAACCCGCCAGAGUAACCCUAGUGACUGGAUUCUACCCCGCCAGAGUAACCCUAGUGACUGGAUUCCACCCCGCCAGAUUGGCAAUUGGAAAUUACUUUAA